AUGUCGACCCCUCCCAGCUCACAUGUGCAGCCGCAUAAGCCGGCUGUACAUAAGCCUCAUCGCCCACAUGUGGUUGGAGGACAGCGCGCGCAUGGUCGUAACACGUCACAGAUGAACCUGAACAAACUACAGCGGUUGGCCAUGGCGCACAACAUUACCAGUGAUCCCCACGGUGGACAAGAAGCACCAGCGACCGGCCGGCGGCAGCAUAUGAGAAAGAAGUCUGCCCCAUCAUCUCCAGCCACCAGCCCGAAGACGGGCCACCAUGUCCGGUGGAAUGGUUCAGCAGUUGCUUUAGGCGGGGUGUCAUCGAAUAACCCUUCCAUGAAAAAGAACCAUUCCACGCCCGUCCUAAAACGAGAGGGCUCAAGCGGUAACGUCGUCAAAAAAGGCCAUCUCCUGGGAGAGCUUAGCAGGGUUGAGAAACCAGAAGAAAAGAAGUCCAUUGGUUUUGAACUCGCAGACUCUGAUGAAGAUGACGAAUGGGAGGACCAUAGCUCUCCUUCGACGGCGAGUACAAGGCGGAAUUCACUUGUAGGAGGGAAGGCUGGCAAUAGCGACGGCAACCCCCAGAACACGGCCUUAACGUUCACUAAGUCACCUUUAGUCCAGCAAAACAACGCGGCGGAUAUGAAGCCCGAACCGAGGGAGGGGCCAGCACAGGCUGAGGCGCAGACGAGCUCUACAACAUCAAACGAAGACUCAGCUCAGCCAACUGAGCAACAACAAAAUGAUGUAACUCAACGACUUCUUUGUCGCCAGCACUCCGGAAUGGUGCCUCCGGCAAUCUCCUCUGUUUCUGCCACAGCAACUCAGGCACCUCCAGAACGAAGCUCCCGAGUAUCGUCCUUUGCUAAUCUGUCGAGCCUGGGUGGAAUAAAUCAACCUGAUUCACGUCACAACAACGAAAGAGAGGAGCCUCACCGAUUCAGCCCUAAUACUACACCCUCGUCGACUGAAGUGGGAGUAUCUCGUUUCCUCAUCACCCACCAAAACGGGAGUAGUCACCCUGGUGGCCGUUCCGAAUCGGACUUCUCUACACCUUCUUCCUUUCUUCCUAACUAUCAACCUCGCACGCCACCCUCGCCUGAAGCAGCAGUCUCGAAAGCGCUCAAAUCACCCAAUUCCCGUCGUCGACCCCCAGAACCGCAUUCUCGAACGCAGCAGAAGCUCUGGCUCCAAAGAACUGCCACCCUCUCCACAUCGCCAUCGGAAACCUCAAUCGGGCCCAUGGCACCCGUCGUAGCACCUCAAAUCAACGAUUCCAAUGUCACGCAUGCCCGAUUAGCCCAUGAUCCUCAUCGCACUGCCACCGCUUCAGGCGGGUUCGCAGGCGGCCCUUCAACCGAAGGAGAGUCCAAGAGGAUAAAGAAGGCGUACGAACGGCUUGCCUCCGAAUUCUCGGUUAUGCAUCGUUUCCGGAAUCCAGUCGUAGAUAGUCUGAAUCGAAUGUACGAUAUGACCAAGCCACCAGCCGGACAGGAUGGGACAUCUCAACCAAACGCUUCUUCUAAUUCUGGACCUGUGAACGCAAAUGAGACCAAUCAUGGAACCUCACACACACGCAAUGGCAGCCAUACCUCACACGCCAACCCCUCGAAGCCGGGGAAACAAGGCUCAGUCAGGUUUAAAGACCACGACGACCCCUGUAAUGAUGACUCUGAUGACCUUAAUGAUCAAAACAAUGAUGACCGCAUUUCGCGUGCGGGCCACCAACUUACUGAAGAGGAGCUGCUAGUGCGACGCAUGUGGAAUAGCCUCGAGGUUGCAGCGCCCGGCGAUUAA